AGAGAGUGUGUAAGUCUGUCAGUCUGUCUGUCUUGCGUUGUCGAUGCGGAGGAGGAGGAGGAGGAGGAGGAUGAUGAUUCUUCUCUCCUCGCCCCCCUUUUUCAGGUGAUCCAUUGCAGCCCAAUUUUUCUGUGGUAAUCCUGCGGAUGAGCUAUCUCCCCCUACCCUCGCCCCACCCCCUUUGCCGCGAAAAUUCGCAUCCUACAGAUCACCCUGCUGUCUUUUUGAGCAGCGAUGUCGACCAGCACUUGGCUAUGCGAGUAAGUUUUCGGGCCGUUCCUUGGAUAUCAGCUGGCGAUGAAUUCCUGAGUCUGCUCUCACAACCGUUGAUCUUGCCCAGUUUGGCCUUCAGCUGAGCUCUCCUCUACCCAUGGCGCAGUCUAUGGCGUCGCCAUCGACGGUUUCCUCUGCAACCUUGCCCCUGCAGCUGAGUGGUGGGGAGGUCUUUUCACGCUGCGGAGGUCGUGGAUUUGCAGCUCCAUCCCCAACGCUCAAGCAUCACGGUCAUGUCGUCGCUGUUGCUAACAGCACGGCGUCUGCUGCUCGGGGAGGGAACUGGGUAAUCAACCAAUGCUCACAAUUUCAGCAGCAGAUGGGUUUUCUUGCGUCUAAAAGCACUACCCCAAUCAACUGCAAGCGUGUCGCUGGAGUUGCAAGCAUAUCCGAUAUUUUCAGUUUUGUCUCGGGAGGCGGGAAUAAAGGAUUUGGUGGAUGGGGGUUUGGCGGAGGCGGGGGCGGAGGAGGGGAUGGGUCUGCCGUGCCAGCUGCGGGCGAGACCUUGUUUGCAACAUCUGACGAUGAAGCAUUGAUCUUAAUUACAGAAGAUGUCAUCUAUCUUCAAGUUGGAGGGAUGUCUUGUGGAGGCUGCUCUGGAAAGGUUAAAAGGAUACUAGAAGCUCAGCCACAAGUGAAAGAAGCAACUGUAGAUUUAGCGGCAAAAACGGCAGCAGUGCAAGUAAUUACGGAUCCUGUCGAUUCAAAUGAGUGGGAGUCUAUCAAGCGUCAACUUGGUGAAUCCUUGGCUGAGCAUCUGACUAGUUGCGGCUUCAACUCCAGUCUCCGAGAGCAAGAAGGUGCCACUAUAGCAUCCACAGCCUGACUUCAAAGAAUCAUCUGAAGACAUCUGCAUUUCUUCCAAGCCAAAUGCUGUCAAACAGAGUUCAUAACAUGUGAUUGUAGCUAGAUGAUGCUCUCGCUUUCGCGCGAGGUGUAGUUUUUCUCACAUGGUUGCGGUAACCAAUUCAUUUCAGUGUCAUGCAUUGAGUAGUUCACUAGGAACACUGCAUCUCAAGCCACAAUCCUCAAGUGUUGUAGUCGUUGAGGCAUUGUGUGAUAACAUCUGCGGCCGUGGUUUAGAAGAGUACGUAUGGAUAGGAACUUCCCUGGAGAAUGACAUCGCUUGGUAUGACACCUACUGUCAUCCUGUUAAACGCGGAUGGCAAACCGCAGUCCAUUUGUCAAUACAUUCAGCUUACACACCAGCCUUGCAAAGUUUACUUUUAUCACGAAAUGGUGAAAAUCA